AUGGCUGACGUCCACAGCCCGGUGCUGUUGCCAUCGAAGCUUCAGCCACAGAUGACAGAUAAUUCAUUGCCCGUUGGUGUGAAAGAUCGUGCGGCUUAUGAUGAACUUGUUGCCAACUACACAGCACUAAAGGCCAAAGUAAAUAAAAUGCUCGUAUCUCGUGUGGACACUAUUCGUCAUAGUCCCGUUGUGGAUCUCACACGUAAUUACAUUGGCGCCGCAGGUCUUCAAGCAAUGACAAGUCUUCUUGCAAAAAACGAUAAAUUGGAAGAACUACACCUUCCUGGGAGUGGGCUUAACAAUGACUCGGUCGUUUUCUUUUGCCGUUCGAUGUUACAACAUCAUUCCUUAAGAUAUUUGGAUCUCUCCUCUAAUAAUAUUUCUCUCAGCGCCGGUUUGGGACUUGUCUCGUUACUCCAACAAAAUCACCACAUUGUCCAUUUGAAUUUAAGUGAAACACAAAUACCAGAUGCCAUUAUGAAGAAAAUUAAACAAGCUUUAGAACGAAAUAAAGUAUAUAUGGCUAAUCAAGCAACAUCAACCGCAGCAGAAUCAAAAACAAAAGCUGCAGUAACAACCACAGAAGCAGAAAAUGUGAAAGAUGAUGCUGCAAUAACACUGCGUAGCACAGAUAGUGUUUUUCCCUCUACGAUUCGUGAAACUGUUCGUAAAGCGGAGUGGAAACGACAGGAAGAAGAAUCACUAGAGCGUCUCACAUCCAUAACUCAUGCGGCCGCCGCAGCCCAUACAAAAUAUGUUCCUUCUCCAGAUGCAAACUCCGGAUGGCGACUUAUUGAAGUGGCGAUUCUUGCCCCACCUUUUCUUUUUGAAUCUGAAAUUGAUCAAUUGGUGCAGCUUGUUUUUCCACGUAUCAAUCAGGAACUUAUUAAUUGUAAAGUACAACUUCUUCCUCUUGUAGAUCCAUCAGAUGAACCUGCAGGGGUGUAUCUUAAAAAUCUUCGUUUUGCUAUUGCAGUAGAUAUUCUACGCAAUGUGGAAAAAUCACGCUUGUUAACAUUAGAACUCAUCGGUGAUCGCGAUGGUGAUUAUGUGCAACUUCCCGCAAGUGAAAUGGUGAAACGUCCACAUAUGCUGCUAUCCUUACGACGUAGUGAACAUCCAAGUGACUCUCCCGCUGUUGUUUCUGCAGAGAGUAUAGAAGCCCCACCACUACAACCCGUUUUACAGUUAGCUCAUGAACGAGCAUCUGAACUCUCCGGUUGGCUUAUUAUUGCUUCUCGUAAAGACACUCGUCGAAUGGGUGUUCCCCCAUCAUUAGCCCCACUUCUCACAGAGGAACCACCAAUGGAGCAUCCAGACUAUUUACAACAACAAGUUCGACAAACUGUUACCGUUGGGGCAGAGACGGUGUGUGGGACUCAAAAGAUUGAAUGUGAUAUCGCCGUGAAAUAUAAAAAAUGGCAUGAACAUCAACAAUUUCGAGAAAAGGUUUUGGAUACGGCAGCUGUACAAGAAUUGGUUAUUCGAAAUUACAACGCCACCUUUGAUCAUUGCAGUGAAGAUGGACAAGUUCAUCUUAAAAAUCUUGAAGAAUUUACAGAAGCUAUUUAUGAACGAAUGUGUAUUAUAGCCAUGUCACAUUUUUCUCCUACUGAAGAUGGUCAUCCAGUAUUUUUUCAAGGUCGUAAUAUUCUUGAAUUUGCGGCACGUAAAUUAGCUCUACAUCAAGAACGUCUUGGUAAAUAUUUACUUUCUUGUGUAGAUCAUGCAUUAUCUAAAAAGAGUAUCACAAACCGUCUUGAUGUAUAUGUUAUUGCCCCACCAAGUCGAAAUGCAUUCCUUCUACACGGUGUAGAACCCACAGCGUUGACAUCACUUAUAGGCUCUUUUACUUCUGGACUCAUGUCUAAAGAACCGCAGAAGUAUCGCGUUGCCUAUCACACCACACGUUCUUCUCUUCUUACGGAAGAACCAACAGAUUUACGUGAAAUUAUAUGUAAUAUUAUUUUACAAUUAUCUCAUGAUCAAGAAAUUUAUCGACGGGCCAUUACAGAAGUGGAUAUUUUCCGUCUUGAACAAAUGUUGGUGGAAAUCUUAACAGAGAAAACAAAGGCUCCUGAAACCUUUACCAGUACUAUUACUACCACUACAUCUACUGUUUCCUCCCCAACUGGUGGUAGUGGUGGAAAUGAAAAAAUCACUACCGUUGUGGUUCUGGAUGGUUUGGAUUGUGUUCUUCCACCGGUGAUACCAUGUACAGCAUUGCGAAAUUCUGAAGAAACUGGAAAAGAUGUUUGGGGUGUGCCGGAACAACAAAAUCGAGAAGACCCUUUUGCAUAUAUUCCACAAUGUCUCUCACGUAAUGUACGUCUUGUGUUAGGCUGUGAAACGGGAUCUGAAAUGUGUCAACGUCUGGAAUUACGUGGACGGGAUAGUGUGGAAUUACUUUCUAUGGGUCCAAUGACGCCUAAUGACUUUGAUGAGAUGUUAAGACCAGAAGUGAUGUCAAAGUUUGGUGUAAACGUUUCGGAUGAUGACUUUGUGGUGAUUCGUAAAAAAGAGGAGGCAUUAAGUCCAGAGUUUAUCGCAUUAGUGGUAGAUGCAUUACGUGGAUUUAAUGAGACUCCUGGUGUAGAAACACAUACCGUAUUAUCUUCUCUUCCAGGAACUGUAAAUGAAAUGGUGGAACGUAUUUAUAAUAAUCUUCUUCAUAGUUUUAGUCCUGCACUUAUUCGUAAAUGUACAAGAUUACUUAUGUGUUCACGAUGGGGUAUUUAUGAACCAUUAUUAUGUUCUAUGCUUAAAUUACCACAGAGAAGAUUUAAUCAAUUACUUCGUAUGAUGCGUCCACUUUUAGAAAAUGAAAGUUCAUCUUCUAUUGGUAUUGAAAGUGGAAAUGCUUUAAAUUCUCGUGUCUAUAUUCGUUCUCGUGCAUUCCGUCAAUUACUGGAACGUGAAGAUUUACAUGAAGAAGGAAGUGAAGAUGAUUACAAGGUAUGGCAUGAAAUGUUAACCCAUAUGUAUCUUAACAUCAUUCAUGAUGUCAUUCACCGCGAAACACGACCACCUCUCUUUGCACUUCUUAGUACCAGUCCAUAUGAACGAAUGGCAGUAAAGGAAUUAACAUAUCAUGCGACUCAAGCAGAUGCUCGGCAUAUUUUAUUUCGUUUGGUUCUCUCUAUGCCUUUUAUUAUGUUGGUUUAUCGCAAUUCUCUUGGUUAUCAUUUCGUACGAGAUCUUAUCGCCGCUUUUAAUACAUUGUAUGAACUACAUGAACUGGGAGAGUAUUCCUAUGUUGAGGAACACGAUUCUACAGAUAGUGGGAAGAAAAAUAAUAUGCCAGAAACAACAAAAAUGCCUUCAUCUCUUUCACGUUUACGAGAUUAUAUUUACUUCUUACGUCACUACAACGCCCUCCUCACAGAGUUUCCACAUCUUGUACUACAGACGGCUAUUGAAUCCGCUUCCUUAUUUCAGUUUGUCUCGAGUGAUGCGCGGGAUUAUAUUACGAAUAAAAUGAGUCAUCACGCCCCCAUCACUCAACGUCGUGUGGUCUUCUUUGAGACGAUACGAAAUGCAAAACCAAAGAUUCAUUAUGGACCCAUCACCGCAUGUGUGUUUGCACCUAAUGGGAAACGCAUUGUAAGUGGAGGUGUGGAUCGCAGUGUAUGUACAUUAAGUCCUGUAACCGGUGCGGUGGCUGUACAGGCUCGACAGGCUCCAGUGAGAAUUGAAGAAAUUCUCUUUUGUGAAACCGCCGCUUAUCACGCCGCUGUUUGUUUUGAUCGUACCUUACUUAUCUAUGAUAGUGCACAGAUGAAGCUGGUUUCUAAAUGUGAUGGAGGUAUGUUUGGGGCUCCCAUCUGUUCGGUGGCUUUUUCGGCUCGUGGUCGAUUUUACAUGGUAGCCACAGAAGAUCUUCAUCUGCGGGUGUUUGAGACUGAAAAGAGUCAACUCAUGAUGCAUCUAAAUCAGCGUCAGGUGAUGCAUUUAAAUAAUAAUAAUAAUAACAAUGAGGAAAAGGAAGAUAUUAAUAUGAUGCGUGGAUAUGCUGCUGUAAUACCCCAUCGAAGUGAAGAUGAAGUGUUUUACUCAACAUGUCACAAGACUGUCAUUAUGUGGAGAUUAACCCCAACACGUGAUGAAUUCCUGAGGGAAACUCAUUUUGAACUUCCCUUUACAGUUGACUCUGGGAAAGCCUUUUUAAACAGUCACACACACUUGUUAUUACAUCCCGCUCCUCUUACACCACCAGCGGAUGGUAGACGAGCACCACCAUGUCUAUUGCGACUCUGCAGUGUAGUAGAAAGACGAGAGGUGGCUGUGUUGAAAAGUCCAUCUAGUCAAUUACUGUAUCAGAUUUCUGGAAAUGAAAAACUCGUUGCCACCGCAUUAGAGGAUGGAUCUAUUACUCUUCAUCGACUCCCAUGGACACAAAUUGAAUUUGGAGAUAAAGAUCUUAUUGAAGUGGCACCACUUAUUCAUUUUACAGCCUUCCGUAAAUCUCCAAUACCAAUUGUACGGGAUUUGCGCUUUCGUGGGGAUAAUAAAGGAUUAUUUGCAUUGGGCAAUGAUCGUGAGAUGAAGUUUUGGGUAUUACCUCGUGGAAUGGCAACAGGGAUUGGUGUGGGUGAUGCCACUGUUGUCGAAACGGAUUUCCCGAUAGCGGCUGCCGCUACCAACACCACUUUAAAUACUGGCAUACUGAAUAACACCUAUCCACUCCAGCAGCAGGGUGGGAAUGAGAGCGAUGAGACUCUCUACAAGGAUGAGGAUGAAGAUGAGAUUGUCGAGGGCGUUGCUGACGGUGAGUUUGUGCUGCGAACCGGCGAUGUCACCGCGUGGGAUGUCGCACCGGUGGGAAAUACAAAUGGCGCCGAUGUUGUGUUUGGGGACUCGUCCGGGCGACUGACCAUGCUGCGCGUGUGGAGUCCACUUAUGUAA